AAAAGGAACCUCCUCUCCCCACAGGCCACGGGGAAGUCUUCGCCCCCUCUCUCCUUCUCGACGAGGAAACGCCUUUAAUCCUCGAAAGCAGCGACUUCCAUCCCCUCUUCUUUCCCCUCUUUCAAGGCCCCAAUUCCUUUGACCUCAUCAUUUCCGGAUCUCGGCCUCGAUCUUUAUCAGGAUCUUGGUUUCUUUGUGUUUGUUCUGCACGUUUACUUUUUGGUCUUCACCGAUGAAACAUCAGAGCUGGACCAGUCUUUUCUUUCGGCGAUCCGAUAUCUUGGCGGGAGUUUGAAGUUCGAAAGAUUGGGUCUUUUGGGAUAGUGCAGAGGUGACGGUGAAUGUUGAUGUUCGAAUCACAGAGGAGAAAGGUUUAGGUGGUUUUGCGAUAUUAGAUCAUACUCGCUGUGCUCCAAAUUGAGGGUUUUUGACCAUGUUGAAGAGAUUUUCGUUACUAUGACGGGUGGUAGUGUGGAGGUGGUAAGCAGCAAGGGCUGUUCAAGGCUUUUUGUUGCUUCUUCCACUUUCCUCCCGAGUGCCAGUAGUCUGAGAUUCAUGUCGAUGAUGUCCCCUGCUUCUUCAUCCCUUUCUGAGCCUACUGUUCCUCUGGUCAAUGGGCCUUUCGCUGGUCUUGUCAUAUGUGUUACUGGUCUCUCCAAAGAGGCAAGAAAAGAAGUUAUGGCUGCGACUGAGAGACUAGGUGGUCAGUACAGUGCAAGCUUGCAUCCUCAAUGCACACAUCUAGUUGUGCAGAGCUUUAACGGGAGAAAAUUCGAACAUGCGAUGCAAUAUGGAUCUAAGAAUGGCCUUUUUAUUGUUACUCUGGGCUGGUUUGUGGACAGUGUAAAGAGAAAUGUGAGGCUGAGUGAGUCUCUAUAUAGUGUGAAAACCAUUGGAGGGAAUGGCUUGCCAUUAGGGGAACUGAAUCGACUUGUUGCCAUUCCUGGCAGUGCAAAGUCCUGCCUUCCUAGUCCAGCUUUAGGGGAUGAAAAAUCUUCAGGUAAGGCUUGGCAACCUCCAGUACAGCCUCCCAAGAAGGAAGAUACAAAUGGUGGAUCUGUGUUUUCCAACAAAUUUAUCUUUGUUGAUCCAGAAAUUUCAGAUGAGCUGAAGAAAAAGGUUAUUGAGGCAGCUAGAAUAGAGGGUGCUACUUUCUUGAAUGACUGGUUUAUUGGCUGUCGUGCAAGUCAUAUAGUUUGUGAAGGUCCUUCUAUCCAAAGAUACAUGGGUCAUGCUAACAAUCUUGUAACUCCACUGUGGGUGCUCAAAACAGCAAAGGAGAAGUGCAUACAGCGGCUUGUGCACUUAUCUUCUGACCUGGCUAAGCAAGCCAGCGUGAUGCUUGAGAAUGCUCAGACAGCUGGAGAGGUUGGCUAUGGAGGAAGUGUCCAUCCUGUUUCUAAGAACUCUAGACACUCUCUUGCAGAAGGAAGAAGCAACGAAAGCCUUGAAGAAAGGCAGAAGGCAGUUGAGUUGGCAAAACAGGGUGUUAGAAGUCGUCGUUGUCGCCGUAUUCAAUCAUGUCAAGUUCCAAUUCAUCCAAUCACUCCCAGCAACCUUUUGGAAUCAAUCUGCUGGACAGUGUCUGAGCCAACCUCAUCUGCCCGUAUUUAUGUUGAGUCGUCUUCAACAGAAGACACUAGUGAGCAACAUUCUUUUGAUUACUUUAAUGCAAGAGGUGAUGGUAAGGAUUCUGAAGCAUUAUUGGAGAACUUCUCACGGCCACUAAGAGAAAGCGAGAAGAUGGAAAUAAUCUUGAAAAGUCACUUCCUCACUAUACUCUUCCCGGUCGAUCGCUUUGGUGAACUAGGUCCCUUGUCAAGAACAUUCUAUGGUGAUGGUGGUUUUACAUCUGUACAGAUUCUGGACCAUAUCUAUAACUUUUAUCAGGAGAAUAUGUCGGCAGAAGAAAUAAACCUGGCAAUGCACACAGACUCGAGGCAUGCUGAUCGGCUUCGAUCACUUUAUACAAGCAAAGAAUCAGUGGAACAAGGAGCUUUGACGUUCAAACGUAUAGAUUUUCUUGGAAGCCGAAGAAGUUUCGAAACACUGAAGAGAGUAAGCGGGGAAAAUAAUGGCAACGUAUAUGAAAUCCUGGUUAGAGCAUGAAUACCGCAUUCAUGUGCCGAAACCUUUCAUCUCUUUUCAGUUUUUUUUUGUGUUCUAUAUGUGCUCAUGAAAAAGAACUAUUGUUGUUUGUUCUAAAUGGUAAUAAUAGUGAAUAUAUUGUCCCAA